CACUAACCGAUUUCUGUUCGCGAACACACUCAAGCUUCUGCGGAGUGGCCGAAGAAUAUCCAAGUCGUGAAUGGCCAGCAAGUGUGAUUAGGGAGAAUAGUUGCUGAGGAGAGACUGAAAGUGCCCGAGAAAGUACCCAGUGGACCACAAACGAACUGCAACAGACAAUUUGACCAGAGAGAGAGUUAUUUCUGAUGAAUCGUGGCGUGAGAUUGACUUUGGUGCUCCUGUGGGGACUCUGGAUGGCCGCGAACAGCCUAGAGCUCGCUGAGGAGGAUUCGGGUGACGCGAAGCGGUCGUGGAACAACUUGCAAGCCUCUUGGGGUAAGCGCUGGCCAGAUGAACUCGAUGACAUUGAUGACACCCGUUUGGAGGCCAUCGCGGAACCGCUGUCCAGCCAGAAGCGCACCUGGAAGGCAAUCAAUGGUGCCUGGGGCAAGAGAGUGACAGGAGGCUCGCCCGGCGGGGAUUGGAACAAGUUCCGGAGCGCCUGGGGCAAGCGAGAGCCGGGCUGGAACAACCUGAAAGGACUCUGGGGAAAGAGGUCCACCAACAACUGGAACCGCUUGUCCUCAGGAUGGGGUAAGAGAUUCGAUGCCGACGCCGAGAUGGACAUCUAAAUAGAAAAGCGCCGCGACAAUUUCCUGCCCAUCCUUUUGCAAUGAGUGUGUGUGUGUUGUGUACGUCUCUGAGCCAUUGAUUUGACAUUGCUCCUUCUAUUUGAUUUAAUGAUAAUAAAAAUUAUGG